ACGAACUUUCAAAGCUUCAAUUUAUUUAUCAUUCCAAUUAGUGACAUUAUUUGAAACAAUAAUGGUUCGCCCUUUCCGCUCAAGUGGACUGCUUAAAAAAUUCACAAAAUGGACAGUGUUGAGAACAAUGAGUGAAGAAUCUCAGACUGCAGUGAAAAUUGUAGAAGUAGGACCCAGAGAUGGUUUACAAAAUGAACCGGUGAAUGUUCCGACUGAAAUUAAAAUUGAUUUUAUUAAUAAAUUAUCUGAUACCGGAUUAAAAGCAAUCGAAGUGACAAGUUUUGUUAGUCCAAAGUGGGUCCCACAGAUGGCGGAUAAUACUCAAGUAUACGCAGGAAUUUCGAAAAAAAAAGAUAUCGAUUACAGUGUUUUAGUACCUAAUAUAAAUGGACUCGAAUCAGCUCUAAGUGUAGGAAUCAAGGAAAUAGCAGUAUUUGGUACGGUUUCAGAAUCCUUCGCAAGGAAAAAUACUAACUGUUCAGUGCAGGAGGGUUUCGACAGAAUAAAAAAAAUUGCGGAUUUAGCAAAAAAUCACGACUUGAAGAUUAGGGGUUAUAUAUCAUGUGUAGUGGGUUGUCCGUACGAUGGUGUCAUAAAACCCUCCGCUGUAACUAAAGCUGUAAACUCUUUGUUAGAGUUAGGAUGUUAUGAAGUAUCUUUGGGGGACACAAUUGGGGUCGGAACUAAGAAAACAAUUCAUGCUAUGAUCAAAGAUAUUUUGAGAACUACAAAACCAGAAUCUUUAGCAAUUCAUUGUCAUGACACAUAUGGACAAGCCCUUGCGAAUAUUUGCACUGCACUGGAUUUAGGGGUUACUGUAGUCGAUUCCUCAGUAUCUGGCUUGGGUGGAUGUCCAUAUGCCAAAGGUGCCACUGGAAACGUUGCUACAGAAGACUUGGUAUAUAUGCUUCACGGUUUGGGAGUGAACACUGGUGUUGAUUUAAAAAAAUUGAUUGCUGCUGGACAUUUCAUCUCAACCGCUAUAGACAGACCUACAGCUUCAAAAGUUAAUGCUGCCCUUUAUUCCAAAUACUUUUUAUGAUGUAUGGCCAGUAUUUCUCUCACCACUUUUUCCAAUAACGAAAAACAAGAUAUUAUCUUCAGCGUUCAAAGUUAGGUAUACAAUAAGAAUAAUAUAAUCUAUACAUAUAAUAAAGCGGUAGAAACCGAUGUCUGUACAUUCCAUUGUUUCAUGAAAGAAUUAGAGUAGCAGGACAUAAAAUACAUUUUCAAAAAUGUUUGCCUAUUUCCUCUCCUAAACUAUUAUUGGAAUUUCACAGUUAGAUUGAGAUAAACUUGAAGCAACAUUUUGACUUUAUUUAAUCGAAAUCGGAUGGAAAUAAAAAAAGGUAUUUAAAUAUUUAUAACCUGAUUUUAUUCAAAUUGAGUUUCGUUUUGUUUCAUUUGUAAUAAAAGUUCAAAUUACCUGUAA